GCGGGGCGGGCGUGGCGCCGAGCGGAGCCCGCAGCACCGAGGUCUCCGCUCCCUCCCUCCCUCCCUCCCCCGGCGGAAAUUUACCGGGUCGGUGCUCAGCGAGGGGCUCGGCAGGAGGCGGAGGGAGGGCGGGGAGCGGCGGAGCAUCAUCUGGCGGGGAACGCGAGGGACCAAAUGACUGUGAGCAAGGGCGGCAGCCGCCACCGCCGCCGAGAGAGCAGCGAGCCGCAGCGGCAGCAGCAGCCCCGCUCCCCCGCGGCGAUGGCGGCGGGCGGCGGCGGGGCUGAGCGGAGCUGAGCCGGGCCGAGCCGCGCCGGGCCGGGCCGGGCCCCCGCCCGCGGCCCCGCAUGGCGCGGGCCUGAUGUCGGAGCGCGGCCCGGAGCCGCGGCGGCGCUGCGGGAGCAGGAGGAGGAUGGCGGGGCUGCCGUGGAAGUGGCCGCGCACCCGCCUGCCCGUGGGCGCCAGCGCCCUGGGCGUCUUCGUGCUCUGCUGGCUCUACGUGUUUCCCGUGUACCGGCUGCCCGACGAGAAGGAGAUCGUGCAGGGCGUGCUGCUGCAGCAGGGCAAGGCGUGGAGGAGGAACCAGACCGCGGUCGCCCUGUUCAGGAAGCUGCUGGAAGAAUGCUGUGACCCUGGGCAGCUCUUUGCUAUGACAAAGAGGAAUUCCCCCAUGGGAAAGAACCUCUGGUUUGACGGGGAAUUUUUAUAUUCUGUCACAAUUGACAAUGCAACUUACUCUCUCUUCCCACAGGCUACUCCCUUCCAGCUGCCACUGAAGAAGUGCUCCGUGGUGGGAAACGGCGGGAUCCUGAAAAAGAGCGGCUGCGGCAAGCAAAUCGAUCAAGCAGACUUUGUCAUGAGGUGCAACCUUCCGCCUCUGUCCAGUGAAUACAGCAAGGACGUUGGAUCCAAAACCCAGCUGGUGACUGCAAACCCCAGUAUCAUUCAAAAAAGGUUCCAGAACCUGCUGUGGUCGCGGAAGGCCUUUGUGGACAGCGUGCGGGUGUACAACCACAGCUACAUCUACAUGCCAGCCUUCUCCAUGCGCACGGGCACGGGGCCCUCGCUGCGCGUCUAUUACACGCUGCAGGACUUCGGCGCCCGGCAGUCCGUGCUGUUCGCCAACCCCGCCUUCCUGCGCGACAUCGGCCGCUUCUGGAAGGGCAAGGGCAUCCACGCCAAGCGCCUCUCCACGGGGCUCUUCCUGGUCAGCGCCGCCCUGGGGCUCUGCGAGGACGUCACCAUCUACGGCUUCUGGCCCUUCGCGGUGGACCUGCGCGGCGGCUCCCUCAGCCACCACUACUACGACAACGUGCUGCCCGACUCGGGCUUCCACGCCAUGCCCGAGGAGUUCCUGCAGCUCUGGUUCCUGCACAAGAGCGGCGUGCUCCGCAUGCAGCUGGAGCCUUGCGAGCAGCCCUCAGCCUGAGCCCGCUCCGGGACACGGGGAGUUUUUCAUUUCCGUGCUCUGCCGCAGAGAGCUCUGGCUUAUGGUGGUUGUUUCUAAAGGGGUCUGCGUGGACCGUGAAAAUGCUCCUUGAAGGCCAAAUGGAAUAUGUCCUUGUUGUUCAGUGCUUUGUGGAACUGGGAGAGGAGGAAUGUAUCUCUCCAUCAAGUCCAUUCAGCAGCGGUGGGAGGAACUGUCAGAAGCAGCACAGCUGAACUUGGCAGGGACGUUUUUAAGUGACAAGUGUACAAAGGGCAUUAAGGCUCAGAGAGUCACCGGGCCGCUCAUAAGCUUUUGCUGACAGUGCCAAAUAUGACUAUCUCUUCCAAAUUCCAUUUCAUUCCAGAUCAGCAUCCUGUAGGACUUUCCUUUUUCCUUGCUUUUCCCCUCUGUUUGGGGGGGUGUGUGUGUGUAGGACAGCAUGUGUGUGUCAUUGACUCCUUGUUUUCCUUUCCUUUUAUUUUUGAUGUGUUGCCCCCUCCCCCGAGGAAGGAAAAGGAAGGGCUUGAAAGCCCCAGGAGCUGAGCACCAUCAGCUCCUCUGAAGACUCUGGGGAGAGUGAAGGUGCUGAGAAUCUGGUUAGAAUGUCCUAGGAAUGCCUUGCUACUGGGGACAGACAGAGCUGUGUGUUGUAGGUGUUAUCAGGAUGGUUCAGGUCGCUGCAUUACAGCUGAGCCAGUGCUGUGCUGUGGGCAAGAGCUGGUUAAGGCAAACUGCUCUGAAAGGAAGCCUGUUACAAAACCAGCUACAGGGAAGGGCAGCCUGGUUUCAGUGACCCGCUGCAAGAUUUCUGCAGUGACUUUCAUAGCAGGGAUGGCUCCUGACCUGCUUUUCUCUCCAGCCUUAGGGAUUAAUUCUGUAUUCUUUUGGACUCCAGAUGUUCACGGACUGUUGAGGGUACUUGAGGGGUUCAGUGGAAUGUAGAAUGAGGUUCUUUGUGUGCUUACAGCAGGAAAAUUGCAGAAAUGAAUGUGUCAUUUAAAAUUAGUCAAAGCUUUGAGAAUCGUUUCUCUGCGUGUGACUUGCUCUUCUGCUUGGAUUGUAACGUUAGCCUUAAAGACUUGUACUUCUCACACGAGAUUGUCUCUGCUUGAGGAGGGUCUGGGAAAUAAAACAGCCUUUGGGAGCACCGAGAAGCUGCACAGCCAGCAAGCAAAGGAGAAAAGAGAAGGGCAUGCCUGCAGCAAGGCAGCCCUGCUGGCAGCGGUGAAUCUGUCAGUGUGCACAGUGCCUGAAGGACUGUUUUAUUUUGGGUUGUUACUUGGGCAGCAGAUGGUCUCUCACUGUGGAAAUGAGAAAUCCUUUUGUUUGUUUGCUUUGGUUUAGCACUGGAGGACAAGAGGAGAAUCCCAGCUCGGUCUACAGCACAAUUUAGGCUGCAAGAUGUUGCCACCAUUAACUUGAAAAAUCCAGAUCAGUGUUCUCGUUCUUAUUAUCUUCUUACUGAAAAUCUAGCCAAGGUGUUGGAACAACAGAACUGUCAUCAACUUUCCACAGCAGCUUCCUGUGCUGUUCUAGCCCCAAAGAUCCAGUAUUUUGGGGGAUGUCUCUUCUCAAGUGUUGAUAAGGUCUCUCCUUGUAGACUACCAGCUGCAAGUUCUAUAGAUAUAAAUAAUUUUUUUAAAAAGUAAAAUCCAUGGCUCCUUUUUAAAUAUGAAUAGUUCAACACUCUGUGUAAGAAACUGGGGACAAAAUAACAAUGUUUUUCUUUUUUUUAUUAUUAUGUUUCAUAAUAAAAAAUGUCUUUUGGAAUAUGGAUAUUCCAAGCAUAAAGUGGGCACUGUUUUGUAGGAUUACAGGGCAAUGCUAAAGGGUAAUGUGGAGAUUUUGGGGUGUUCUAGCUAUUGCUCCGAUAGAAUCUGAAUGUACCUCGUAGCCCAUGAUAUCUUUGUCCAUGCUUUCAUUAAAAGUAGAGUCAGCACACCGAUGGAACCUCACCUGAUAAUUCAUUCUGUUUCAUUAGUGCAUUACCUGUGAUGUGGGGACUUGGUGAGGAAGGAUGUGAAAGUAAAAUAUUUUCCUUUCUGCUUGUUAUGGCAGAAUUUGACUGAGCUGCCUUUCUUGGAGACAAAGAGGUGCCUGUACGGUUUUUAUUGGGUGCAUCAGGUUUGCACUUUGGAGUGCUUUAUAGAUUCCAUUAUAUGUGAAAACAACAUUUGGAAUAUGAUGUGCUACAAAUGGCACAUCAGCAGGGUGCCAGCGUUUCCUUGAGAGCAGGAGGGAGUGGGAGAGUGAGGGGGAGCUGCCUCUUGGCUGGUCAUCUUGUGCUGUUUUACCAGUACUUAGGAAUUCACUUCUGGACCUCUCCUACAGCUCUCCAGCCCCUUGGUGAUUAUUUGUUCUGUAUGUUGGGGAAAUAAUUGCAUGAGAAGAACAAGUGGUUUUGUAGGAAAACUCCUGAGUAUUUCGUAAUGUCUGGUUGUUCACGUUCAGCCGGUGCCCUGGGUAUGUGGAGAUGUUGUGUUCCCCACCUGAGUAGCACUGAACCUGAGGCCUUUGCUGGUGUCUGCAGUCCUGGUGUUUGCCAGGAGACAGCCACCAAGGAGGUGCCCAGGCUGUGUGUGAUGUGCAGCUGAUACUGGAGACAUCUGUAGUUCUGCCUCUGGUCACAUCUGCGUGCAGGGAGUGCAGUGGCACACACAGUACGAGGCGGCCACGCGUGGUGAGGAAGCCACGGCUUCAAGGGUGAGCCGUUCUCUGUAACUUCCAGGGAACUGGCAGAAAUGCCCCUGGUGAGAGGCAGGAUGUGGUUGAGCUUGUCAGUCCAUGGAAACGCUGGCCAGCACUCAGCCUUUGCCCAGCAGGUGGAAGGGGAGGCAGGGCAGCACUGCAAUUCCUCUGUGGCAGGAGCAAGGGGCUGUGAGCUGAGAGAAUGCUGCAGUGAGGGCUCAUCCACGGGGAGUGGGGGCUGCCUUUGGGGGUGUCCCACAGCAGGGCAGCCCUCGUGUAGGAACGCUGACAUCAAAUAUGGCAUUGCAUGGAAGGGCCUGAGAAUUCAUCCGUCUUCAGGAGGGAGGUCAUUGCUUGUGUUGCUGUGUUUUUAGUGAAGUCUUUUGAAAUCUUACUGUUUGUUAGUGAAGUUCCCUCCUGCAGCGCCUCUAUUUCCACUGCCAGUUCCUGAGUUUCCCUGAUAGUGUGGCUAAAGCUGCACAAAUCUGCCAGGUUGAAAGCCACUGCAGUUCAUCUUCAAUAAAAUCUGGUUCAGGCUGGCCAAAUGAUUUGUUAAUACUCAUAGUUAUUAAUUUUAUGAUAGAGCUAACAAGGGACAGAAGUGCUGGAAUAUUGCUCUGCCUGCAGAGCAAUCAUUGUCCCAUGUUUGUGAAGAGAUUAAAUUAAAUACCUUUACAAGAAAGGCAUGCACUGAAAUCCCUCUUGAUACAAUCUUUUUGGGCCUGUAUAUGUUCUUGAGGAAAUCAAGACCAAUUUUUGAACUUGUGACAAAAUCAUGUGAAACUUUCCCUCCUUGUUGAUUAGGAGGCCUCUUGGAGCUCUUUCUAGAUCAGACAAGCAAAACAGAAACCAGCAAAGCAGAAUCCUAGAGAAGGGAGUGGGAGGUGUGCCCAUGAGAAUAAAAACAUCUCCAAUUUUGGCACAGACUUUGUUACAGUGCUAAGGACUCUUGCUCAUGAAUGUGCUAUUUUUAUAUUUUUUCUGGAAUGAAGGUAACAAGUUUGGUGUGAGGCAGCUUCUAAAGUCAAAGGUCUAAGCCUCUGUUACAGAUGAAGUUUUACAGAAUAUGGAAAUAUUGGCUGGUUUUUUGACUUGACUACUUUCAUGUUUUUGUUAUUUUCCUCAAAAUUAAUGUUGUUUUCUAGGCAGCUGAGUUAGCCCCUCUGUGAGAGCUGAAACUAUGCAAAGUAUCUGCUUUCUGAAAUUUAGUGUCCUGAGAUGUGUCAGUUAUAGCAAACCACUCCUGGAAACAGCUUCAUGAGCACUGACCUGGUAUCCAGCUCACCCUGGCCUGUAAUUAAGGUGCAAGGGAACAUUUAUUGAGGAGUGAGGAAAUGCAGGAGGUGACAGCAAUCUCAGCAUUUGCUGCCUCUCUGACUCUCCUCCAGCCUAACAGAUUAGUAAGCGUUGGAAGAGUCCAGGUUAUAGGAAGGACAGGCUGUUUGUUCCUGCCCCUCCCAUCAAAUGCAGAUGUAAAAUGGAUUAACCAGCUGCUGUCCUGAACCAUGGCCUCCUUCAAAAGCUCACGUGGUGCAGUUUCCAUUAGCUGACUCUUGCAGGUAAGCCAAACUCACCAGGCUUUGUCCAGGAAUGGUUCAUCUCCAUGGUUGUUUGAGGAAUGAUCUGGUUGCAGUGACCUCCUCUUAGUGUGGAUUUGUAUUUCUGCCCCAAGCCAUCAUCCUGAAGGAUCUCUCUUCCCUGCCCUUCCAGAUGACCAUUCCCUUUGGGGACUGAGGUGUGAUUUUAAAAAUCCUGCCAUAAGGCAGCUAAUGUGUUUUGUAGUUUGAACAAGCUUCUCUUUUAAACUGUUGACAAAUCCACCAAGAGCUCCAAAUAGCUCCAAAUAGAAAAUAUGGCUUCAGCCAGGUGUUGGUAAUUCCCUCACUGGAGAAGAGCAAGAGGAUAGAUGAUAGAAGGAUGUGGUUUUCAACUGUUGUAAAAUAAUACCUGUUACCUUGAAUUCCCAUAUUUUAUCUCUUGGAAUCUAUCAUAUGUCUGACAUUUUUGUAGUUUCUGAACAGAACAAUUAGUAAAAGAUUUAAAGUUCUUUUUGUUAAAUAUUAACAGACUCGUUUCCCUGAGUGGAAUGCCAAGACCCAACAGGAGGCUUAGCCUGUCCUCCCUGGCUAAUAUUUUUUGGCAGCAAUGAGACCUUAAACAGCUACUUAUUCCUCUCUGAUUAUUCAUUUCCAUCAGUUUUAUUGCAGCAGGCUGGGCCCUGGUGUAUUCAGCCUCUUCAGCUUAAUGCUUGUGCUUUAGAAUGAAUUUCACUCUGCUUUUCAGCUACGGUGGGGGGAAGAAAUGUGUUGCUAACUGGAAAUGCUUGUUUUGGUGCAGCCAGGAGAGAGGCCCGGCCAGGUUCAGGCUGCUCUGGGCUCUCUGCACUGUGGCUGUGCAGGGCAGAGCAGGGCUGGGCUCUCCCCCUCUGGAAAAGGCUCCGGUUGUUCCUCCGGGGCUGUGCCCCUGCCUGGGCCCAGGGGCAGCAGUGGGAAUCAGCGCCCCAGGCACCGUGAGCCCUGUCCUGGCCCACAGGCAGCAGGGCUGGCAGUGCUGGGAGCUCAUCCUCAUCCUCCGGAGCCCGGGCUGCUCCCAGCAGCACCCGAGAUCCUGGCAAGGCUCAGGAAGGCCCAUUAAUUACUGCAUCUUUAAUGAUUGGCUGUGUGCUCCCUCUGCUCUGGGGGCAGCUCUCUGCUCAGCUCAGUAUUCAUCCUGUCUGGGACCCUCCAGAGCAAGGGAACCUUUAGCACCCCGACCAUGUGGAAAUUACUGUGGGAUUUCAGGCCUUCAUCUUCCAAGUUAAACUCUUUUUUUCCCCCUUUUAUGCUGGAUUCAACUCCUGUGAGGGACUCCAGAGUGAGUUUAUGAAAGCAGUGCCACUAGUACUUGUUCUCUGGGUUUAUGAAGAAGAUGGUGUUCAGUAAAACACUGGAGUACCUUUUGGACAGUUCCUUUUGAUUUCUAAUUGUAUAUUCAAUGAAUUGUUUCAGUCAGAUGGGACCCAUAGCAGAGAUGAGUUGCAUCAUUUUCUGUUAAUUGGAAGGAAACAAUUACAGAACUGUAUUACAUUUCAAGCUGAAUCUUACCAACAACUCAAGCAAUCUUCCUUGGGCAGGAAGCUUUGCUAUUAGGUGAUUAUCUUGAUAGUAAAUGAAAAUUCUUCACUGAAAAUAAAAGCAUCAUUUGGAGUACUGAGACACUAAUUUGAGUCUCUACUCUGGUAUCUCCAACAAAGAUUUUGGUGUUCUGUAAAAGUGCCAUAAUCGCAACUUUUUUUUUCUUCUGUGCAUGUGUUCUUAUAGGAAAUGCUUGAAAUUUUUUUAUAAGCCCUCUAUGUGCUGAAAGCAAACACUCCUUCAUCAGGAACAGGAGUUUCUUUUUGGGUACCCAUGGUAUGCAGAGUGAAAGUGCCAGGAGAUGUCCAGAUUGCAGGAAAAUGCUGGUUUGGAAUAUUCUGGCAGGACUCCCUGGAGCACGAGAGUUGGCUGCUGCCUCCUGAGCUGUAGAGUUUGGGCAGAUGACACAGGAAAAAAGCAAAGAUAUUUUAGCCAUUUCAGCUCUGGCUGCUUGAUGUGUCCCACUGUUGAGUGGUGUCUGUGCAUUCUGUGGGGCCUUCAAGGGCUCUGAUCCUACAGAUCAGUCCUGCGUUGGCUGGUAAAGGCCUGGGCUUGGUGCUGAGAGCUCCAGGAGCAUGGAAAUGCCUGGGAAUUGUCCUUUGGUGUGUUACGGUUUGGGCACUGCAGGGUCUGGCCUGUCACAGAACAUGCACAUGAAAACCAUUGUAUCUGGGUCCCCAAAGCCAUCUAAACUGAAUUACACCUGCAUGACUGAGGUGCAGGUGCCUGCCUGAGGCUGCAGAGUGCCGACACCACGGUGCUGUCAGUUCUGUCAGUCACCACAUCCCCGCUGCGGCAACGUUGGGCCAGGGCAGCUCUCUGAAACUGCCACGCCAUAAGCAUUUCCAAUUAUUGUUCCAUGCACAGGCAGAAACAGCAGAUUGAAAACGGAACACAAAGUCAGAGCUCUUACCCCUUUCAGAGGGCUGGGAGGACUCCCUAAAUAAUAGAUAGGCACAGUUACAUAAAUAUAAAUAAAAUAGCCUGAAGUUUAUAGCUCAGAUGCUGGUUAGUGUCUUGAAUAAUUACUUCCAAAUCAUUUAGAGGAAAAAAAAAUUGCAGAAAUUUUACAUGUGAAAAAUAUCCCCCCCUUUUUUUUUUUCUCCUAAAAUAUACUAAUAACUAAAGAAACCAUGUUAAAAGACAUGGGAAUUUUCCCUGGUUUCCUUAUUCUGCACUUCAGGCUUUGUAUUCAAGUCCAUAUUUGUGCAAAGCUUCCAAUUCUAGAUUGUCCCAUGUGGUGUUCAUAGACUAAAAAAAUAUAAUUUAAAAAAAAAAAAAAAAAAGAAACAACAAAAAAGUUACAUUCCAAAUGUAGUCAAAAAAAAAAAAAAAACCAACUAAAAAACUAAAAACAAAGAAGCAAGCCCAGGACAGGUUCAGCUCUUCUGAAAGCUCUGACUGUUUAUGUGCUGUCAUUUAGUAGUGGUGGCCAAAGAAGAAGGCAAAGGUCAGAAAGGAGAUGAAUGCACUAAAGGACACAAUAUUGCUGGUAAAGGGAUGGAAGCAGAGGUUUAAAUGCUUGGAACACAAAGUUGUUAAUUGAUGUUAAGUCUUUAUUCUUUUGCUUCUCUUUCCCUCAGUUGUUGUACUGGGAAACUUGCCUUGUUCACAAGUUGCUUAAAAUUUUCUCUGCACUGCACUGAACUUCCCUCUGGCCCUAAACCUAAAAGUUACCAGAGAGGCAAAAACCACUUCAGGUCUAUCAAUAUUUGUAUGCAGCAUUUUACCUCUGGUUUAUCAAUAUUUGUAAGCAGCAUUUCACAUCCUCCUAGUACUAAUUACUCUAUUAACUCAUAGUUAAAUGAUACUACUUACCCCAGAGUUUGGAAAUCGUUCUUCCUGUGGUGAUUUCUGUGUUAGGGGAAUGAAGAUUACUUUUAGCUCAGGUGUUGUGAGAAUUAACUCAUGCUUGGGAAUUAAAGUGAAAAAACCCCAGAAAUGUUAUUAAGCUUAUCUGUUUUGAACAAUGCAAACAGGCAAAUGAACUACCCUCUUUAUCUGAGUGAAUUUAUCCUUUUGAGUUAAAAUCCUCUGCCUUUGUUAAGAAGUACAAUAGGAACAUUUUGUUCAGGGCACACCUGGAUUGCAGGGAGGGAAAAGCUGUGCAUUUAUAAAGAGGAAAGGUUUUCUCCUCUCAGCCACACCCAUCAAUCUACAAACCAGAUUCUCUGCUCUCUUUCCCUGCUCUGACUCAAUCAAAUCAAUAGAAUUGCCUGGAUUUUAACUAGCGGACUGUUCUCAAACCUGAGGGAGUUCAUCCUAUGAAAAUCUGAAAUUAUUUAAAGCACUGUCAGAUUAUGAUACUUAGUCAAAGUAUCAUAAUUGUGUAAUCUGCCAAUUCCUUUUUCCCCACACGUUUAGAGCUUGAGCAGUUUUUGCAGUUUGUUGGGUGCUUCUGUAAGGCAAAUCUCUCACUGCAUUUCAGCCUCCCGCCACACAAAGGCGGCCCAGGCUGAAAUCCGCUCGUGCUCCGUGUCAGGUCCUUGUCUCGCAGAAUGAUCCACGAGCUGCUCCAUUUGUCAAGGGCCUUGGCUGAGCCAAGGGAAAAUGAAAAAAGGAUUUUCAGCACUGGCAAGCUUCACCAUUCGCUGGCUGUAGCUGUAACCUCAAUUCAUUAUUCUUGAUGGAUCUGAUGUCUGCCGGUGUUUCCUCUCAUCAAAUAAUUUUGUUAGAUUUUAUUGAUGGAAUGGGAUGAUCUUUUCCCCCUGCUUUUUGACUGCAAUUCUUCUUUUUUGAUAGUGUUUGCAAGGAAGAAAUAUUUCUUUCUUCUCUCUUGUUUUCUAAAAUGACAAUUUGUAUUUAAGGCAUGAUUCGAAUCUCAAAUGCUGGUUUUCUUUAAAAAAUUGGUCUCACACUUUUUUUUCUGUCUUGGGCACAAUAUUUUAUUUCAUAACAGUACUUAUGUUUUCAGUGAUGAAAUCUCAACAAAUUAUCUUCCUCUUUAAAAACGGAAAGAUUUUCUGGCUUUCAUAAACCCCAGUUCAUGAAACUGUCAAGUGGUUUUGGGUUUUAUCCUAAAUAAAUCAUUUUGGCAUCAUUCCCGCUGUUAUUAGAGACUAACAAGACUCUGCCUUGUCUAGUCUCCACUCCAUAUUGAACCAGAGCCCUGUAUCAUACAGCCAGCUAUUAAUUAAGGAAUAACUACAGGUAUAAGUAGUAGGAACAGUUCCUUUUAUCCAGGCCCAGUUCCAUAGCCAUGAGGCCAGAAUGUCAAAGAUGUAUUCAAAGUUCAAUGGGCCUUUUGAAAGGUACCUGAUGUAGAAUAUGAGUUUGCUUUCAAAUUUCAACCAAAUCCUGAAUAAUUCUUUCACCCUGAUCUACAUAAGAACAACAACCAGUGUUAAUGAUUUUGCAGCCAGUAGGAAAUUUAGAGUCAUUCUGUUUUGUAAAACUAUACCAGACAAAUCAUGGACUUCUUGAGGGGCUAAAAUUGCAUCUGAAAUUUGCUUUUCAGUAUGUUCAAUAACCCUUACUGUGAUCAAAUAUUAUGUUUGGAAUUACAGCUCCAUGGGCACAGGCCAACAGCCCAGUCUUCAUCUGGGGGCAAAACUUACCAGUUUUCACAUAUUCAGUGCCACCCUGGCAGGUUGUUCUUAUGAAGAGCUUUUGGAUACAUUUUGGACUAAAGCUGCAUGCAAAUUCUGGGACCAAAUCUGCACUGUGGCUGCCAGCUGUGCAUUGAGCAUGCAGAGAAGAACCAUUCAAAUAACACAGUCCUGAUUGGUACCAGUCCCUGUUUUCCAGUUGUUUCAGGAGAGAGGGCUCCUAACUUUGGAGCAGUGAAUUCGGGGUUCCCUGCCAGCAGCCCUGGCUUGUGGGAGCAGUCAGGGCUUUGAAAGCUGCUCCCCACCUGGUGUGGAGGGUGCCUGUCCCAGCAUUUCACAGAGCCAGCCUCCAGGCCGGAGCAGGGCACGAGGGCCAGUCCUGCUGGGCAGGGUGACGCCAGCAAUCCCUGGACCCUCUGCAAAGUGGGACUCAAAGCCAACCCUAGCCCCAAAUAACAAAAACACUUGGCGCCAAUACAAGCAUUCUUUAUUUUAGUUUUAUGUCUCAUGGAAGUUACGAGGACUUGUAAACUUGUUUGUUUUUACACAUAGCAGACACUUGGCUUUAACCUGUGUUAAUGCUGUUUCCAUCUGGCUAUUUCUGAAAGCUCCAGCGAGAAGCAAGCAAACAAAGACACCAAGGAAAUGAAAGGUGCCUUGCUGUGAUGAUUUCCUAGAGCGGUGCAUUGCUCUGAUAAUGAACUGUGAAAUGUAGCAUGUGAUGAUGAUGAAUGUAAACACUUGCAUGUCUUGUUAUGUGAAUGUUGUCUCCCUGAGAUGGGUUGUUAGUAUGAGCUCUGUAGUGUAAAAGUACUGGAAAGGGAAGGGAAGUGGAAAGAAGAUAGUUGUAGUGGGUUUGGCAGUGAACCACAUCCCCUUUUGACUGCUUUUCCUUCUCAGCUUUGCUAACAUGGCCCUCACCGUUAGGAUAAUAAUAAACGCACUGCUCUGUUCCUGAAGUUAAAUCUGCCUCUUUCCAGCACUGGGAGGGACAAUCUGUGUGUAUUUCCAGCCCAUCUGAUCUGUUCCCAGGCGUGGGGCUGCACUGCCUGGAUCACUCAGGCUCACUGGUGAUGCCACAGCACGUGUUUGGUGCCCCCAGCCCACACCUGCAUCCCCAGGCUGUGCCUGUGCCAGGAGAUAACUCACUGGGCUUUGGUACAGUUUGCACUUAUGGCCAGAAGCUGCAGUGCAAACUAAACUUCUGAGAAUUGCCUUCCAUUUCUGGUAGGCACAGCCACCUGAAAGGAACCUGGGGGAACUUGGCAAGGUUUUGUGCUCAAACGAACAGAAAUGGGCCAGGCACAGGUGUUUCAAAAUGGUUAAUUUUGCAUUUACCUCACAGAGGUAUUUAGGAGAAGUGAAUGAUUUCCCAGGGCACCGAUAUGUGUUGGAGUUGCAGCCAUCCUGAACAUGUGCCCUGCCAGGGGAGCAGGGAAUGUCACUGGGUUAUCCCACUGGUGUUUGACCUUGGGAACAGGCUGUGCUACCUGAGGGCAGGGAGCCUCUGCCGGCUGCUCCCUGAGGUGCAGGGUGCUGUCACCUUCCCUGAGCUGCCCUCUGACAUCCCAGCCCUGCUGCUCUGUGCUGGCUCUGCCUGUGGGAAGGGGCCGUGCUCGGGGAAGGGGGCUUGGAUCCGUGGUGCCACCAGAACUGUAGCCGGUGCUGGCAAGGAGCUCGGUGUUGGGGUGGAACAAGCUGGUUUGGGGUCAGUCUGUGCCUCACAGACAGGGCAGCUGCCGUGCAGAGCCCUGGCAGGACAGACUCCAGGAUUCUCCUGGCUCUUUAGGGACAGGGCACAGUUGCCAUUUCUGCUCUCUCACACAGUAUUCCCAACGGAGCCAUGUGAUGUGGGAUGUCAGUGUUAGCUGUUAAAUUCUAGUACUUUUAUUUGCAUUCCUUCUUCCCUUGCCCAGUUUAUUGAAGAAAUGUGAUGGUAAGUGGUAGUUUGAUGUCUUGAGGUGAUUUUGAAGUAGAUAAGCACGCCGUGAUGCCCCUGAGAUUGCAUAAUUCCAUGGAUUUGUUUUACCUGCAGUGCCCAGCAUGUAAUGUUUAUGUCUCAUUUCUGAUGUGUGUAAGCUCUACAGGCUGGAUAUGGUGCCCAAAUGAGAGGAGCACUUGGGUGAACAUCUCAAAUCAUUGGUUUUUGGCAUGCUCAGGGGCCGAGGUGCUUGUGUGGAGUGUGUUAAACAUCCCAAAGUGUGGUGUUGUUCUGAGUCUCGUGAGUAGGGCUUCGAUCUCAUUCACUCUCCAAUGUAGCAGAUGUUUGCUGUCAGCCAACACCGUUCAAGGACUAAGGGAAUCUCUUUCUUUGCCCUGCAAUAAUGUAUUUUCUAUGAUUGUCAGUAGAAUUUGUUCAUUUCUCAAGUACUGUGCAGUGCUUCUUUGAAGAAUGUCCCUUUUUCAGGUGGUUUCAUGGUGACUGUACCCCAAAAUGUCUAGAUGUCUCUUAAUUGCAAAAACCGCUUUGUUAUUGAAUGUAUUAUUUAUUAACAGUAUCUUGUCUUUUUCUAGUUGCAUUUUGCAAAAUGUGCCACAAGCAUCUUCUGUGAUUUUUUAUAAGGAAAGUCUUAUUUAUAAUGUUUGUGCAAGUGGAUGGAAACAAAUAAUGAUUUUAUAGCAGCCCAUGCCUUUUUUCAUAGCUGCAGAGUCUUAAUGAUCACGAUCAGAAGGGACAGGCUCAUUGUUUCAUUUAAUUUUGAUGAAAUUUUUCAGAGUUAACUAUUAUGUUACUCAUUAUUUGAAAUUCAUUAUCCUAACAAAUAAAUAUCGCCAUUUUAAGAAAUGAAAAGAGUAUUUGCAGGGCUUCUUUUUCUUCUGUGUUCCCUGCUCUCUAACCCCGGAUGUCCCAACAAAGCAGGCAAUUUCCUGUUGCUCUGUGCGUGUGAAACCUUCCCGCCUGAGCCCCCUCUAAAGGCAGCGAGGAUGAGGGGGCGGGUGGCGCUGGCCACUGCAGCAGGGACAGCUGCAGCAGGGCUCCUGGGCUGCCAGGUGCCACCGAGCACACAGCUCUGCUGUCCUUUGCUGGAGGCAUCAUCCACAGCACAGCAGCUCUGGGCUAGGGGGCACACAGACACUCUCCUUCAGCUGUGAUGGUUCCUUUUCAACAACCCGUGUUUCGAGAUGAGUUGGAGCCCAUUUAACUUCCAGUUUAAUCAGCUGUGGGCAGAUACAAAUUGCUGAAGCCAGUCAAGGAUGAUAUCCCAGUGAUGAUGUUUAUGCUAGAAAUCCUCAGGAUAUGCCUUAGCUUUCCUUGGCUCUGUCACACAUGCAUUUCCUUUCUCUAAAUGCAUGUUCCUACACAGUGAGGAGUAAAUGAGUUAUUAACAGUUAUUCUCUAUUAACAGUUCUUUAUUUUUAAUAUACCAUCUCUAUCAAGGUGGCUCCCUAGAUUAGUUCCUGGUGCAAGGAGAGUCCAAUGUCAGUGAGGGCUCAGAGAAUGAACUCCCUGCCUCUGCCAGCUCCUGCCAGGGGAGCUCCCCACGGUGGCAGCUCCUGUGCAGGAUCUCUGUGGGUGCUUCCCUGUGGAGGCAGAAUUGCCUUGGGAUGCGGGAAACCCAGUCCCAUACCCAAGUCCUUGAAGGAACACUGCACUUGGAGCUGGUGAAUGCUACUUGAAAGUGAUGUCUGCAGUUUUUAUUCCUUCUGGACAGGAAUCCUUCCUUAGUUACACCCCUGAUCCCAGGUACUUUUGUGUAGCUGUGUGCCUCUUCUUCCUAACCCUUUAACCUUGUACACUGAUAUUCAUUCCUUGUAGGAAAAUAGGCUGGGAAAAGGCAAAAUGCUGUCAGUACCAGGGCCUUAGGAUUCCUUCUGUCUGGCUUUGACAGGAGACACUUGAAUGUCAUAGGGAAGGACAAGAGAAGCACAUCCAGUGCAGAGAAUUCUCCUGGGAUCUCCCUUCAAAUCCCCUUCCACCCACAUUUCCAGCACACAGUGACAUCCGCAGCGUGGACAGCCUGGUGUGGCUGGGACGUUUUGGCUUCCAAGGAUCUGUUUCACUGAUGUGCUUUCCAGUCCAUCCCUGCAUGGCAUUUCAGCAGAAGGGCUGCACAUCCUCCAUGGUUUGAUCCGGCUGGCUGGCAGAAAAUACGCUCCGAAAUGCCAAGGUCAGCUGGCAGAGAGAGCUGCAGUGGGGCUGGGUGAGUUCAUGCAGACAUCCCCACCUGGUGCAAUUCUGCCUAGCCCUGUUGAAGGUUCUGUGCAGCCGAUGCCUCAGGCACACCAGGAUCUAUAGCUGGCUGUGGCGUUUUGCUGGGCCUGUUGAGCCACGGUGAGGUUUCAGCCUCCAUCAGCAGCACCUGCUGUCCUCCAGUGAACACAGAAAUCUGUGUUACAUGGGUAACACCUUCACGAAGAUCUUCCAGAGAAGACCCGUGGAAUUUGGGAUAAAACCCUUAAUUUGUGAUCUUCUGCUGCAGAUUUCCUCCUCACCCCCUCAAACUGAUCAACCACUUUAUGUCAACUGCUGUUUGUCGACAAGGACCAAUUCUUUGCAGUCUCUCAAAUAUUCAGGUAAAAUAUUCUUAAGAAACUUGAGAAAUUGUGGCAGGGAGAGCUGGAGACUGGAAAGAAACAAGCUGCCCUGCCCAGGAGUCCCUCCAGCGGGACACAGCUCCCAGGCCACUGUGACAUUUUGUGUUGCCAUCUGUGCUCAGAGAAUAUUCCCAGUGUGCCAUAACCACGAGGUACUGUGCAUUAAUCAAACUGCUACUCCAUAAAAGACCCUCCUGCCUUGUCCUGUCAGGGUAGUUCACCUUCCCACCAUGGAGCGUGGCUUUUCUCCAUCUGCCAACGCCGAGGCCCUGCAUCUCCCCCAGACAGGACGCCCCGUUUAUUACUGCUUUGAUCAAAGCCACCCAGCACCUGGGGUUAUGAUCCCUCUGCUCUUCCCUGCACUCUUUUCUGCUCCUUCCUCUUCCUUUUUGAGAUAAAAGGCUUGGAAUUUCAUGGAAUUUCAAUUACAAGGUUUCUUUUCACUGUUUUCAGUGGCUGUUAAAUCAGGCCUUACUCAUCUCCAGCUUUUAGCCUCUUCCCUGAGAACCUCAAGAUCUGCAAAUCUGGUGGGCUAAGCAGCUGAAAUUAAAAUUUAAAAGUAGAGCAUUUUUGUAUUUUCUUUAAUUGUUCUAUUUAAUUUCUGUGUACACAUAUGUGUGUGUAUAUAUGUACACUUUUGUAUCCUGGGGUUUGGUGAGAAGGCUUCAGAUAUCUGAAGCAGACUUCUUACUAAAGAGGGAUUUAAAUGCAACCUCUUUGGAUAUAUGGAUAUUUUUAAGACUGAUUGUUGGGACUCAGCUACUUUCCAUUAAAAGGUCUGCAUGGGCCCCUUUUGUAAAGAACAAAAAUUACUAAUUUAAUUAUCUCAAAAGAUAAAGGGAGGUGGAAUCAUUUGCUCUGGUCCACUCUGCUACAGACUCCUUUUACUUUGUAGGCAUUUAACAGGGAUAAGAUUGUAAUGUGGUUUAGACCCUGUUCUUGUAUUUAAAAAAUUUCAUCCAGUUCUCAAAAAGAUCACAGUAGUAUUUUCAAUAUUUUUAUUUCAGUUCAUGCACUUUGUAUUUUUCCUAUAUUACAUACCCAUAAAUGAGAAAAAAAACAGGGUUUUUUAACCAGUACCAGCAAUGCAUAGAUCCCACAAAAUGGUUAAAAAAUACAAGUACCUAUACAUGCUGCCAAAGAAAAAGGCAAUAUCGUGUAAAUAAAAAAGAGAUUCUAGAUAAUUUUCAGGUUGGAUUUAUGCAUCAAUUUCUUAGAGCUUUGUAUUCACCCUUUAGGAUUACAAUUGGUGAUACUUGCAGAUCUACCCGUUGAAAUUAAUCUAUAUCCAUGUUAUUAUGCAAAAAUAUUUCACAAGACAUAGAGUAUUUCCCAAAAAGGGGUUUUUUUUACUGUGUUAUGCAGGCUUACUACCAAAAAACAUUAUAGAUGAUGAGGAAAAGCUAUUCAGAAUCCCUGCUAUAAAAAUUAUCUGCCAUGAUACUAAAAAUAAAAUACAACUGUGUAUGCUGAAUUAC